AUGAUGGAGAACAAUCAAACAGUGACUAAAUUCGAAUUCUUACCGAAUGAAAUUAUAAUCGAAUGUUUUGGAUAUCUCAAUACUUUAGAAAUAUUUUCUUCAUUCGGUCAAUUGAAUUUGCGUUUUGAUCAACUCAUCGGGCGUGUUCCAUUACAUCCCGAUUUCGAAAAUGCCUCACAAACAAUAUCUGAACGAUUUUGUCAAAAAAUGUUAAACGAUCCUGAGAUGAAACGAUAUAUUCAUUCAUUAAGUAUAUCCAACAGCAAUCCUAGUAUUGAUAUUCGAUCAUUUUACGGGAAGUUUUCAUUGUCUGAUUUCCCAUGUUUACAAUCAUUAACUUUAACUAAAGUCGAAUCGAUUAAUAUGGACAAAUUAACAAUAAUGCUAUCUUCUAUGCCUUCGUUGACAUGUUUUCGUGUAAUUGGUUCUGAAGGUUAUAACAACGCUCUCAUUUCCAGUUUAGAUCACUCGAGAAUACAAACAUUAAUAAUAUCUAAAUUAUAUGGAGGUUUAACAUUUUUAUCUAAUUUUCAAUCUCUGACAAGUUUUACUAUAAAUGCCUGCAGUAUACACCAAGUAUUUUCAGUGUUAAACAAUACCUCUAAUUUGAAAUAUCUGCAGGUCAAUUGCUUAUCAAAUGAUAUAGCAGAAUUUUACGAAAAAAUUCGUCUAUCAGUUGAUUCUCUUCGACACUUGGUUAUCAACGAGACUAAAUUAGAGUUUUAUCAUAUUCAAAUGAUACUAAAACACACGCCAAAUUUAACUCAUUUUACAUUAUUUACUUAUUCACUAUGGAACUCCGGGUGUGCUCAAAGGUGGGAGCAUGUAAUUCACAAUGAUUUACCGUAUUUGAAGGUUUUCAAGUUUUGCUUUCAGUAUUUCCGCACAGCGAACGAGCAAUAUAUAGAGGAAGAUCUAAAGAAGUUUCAAAGUGAUUUCUGGUGCAACGUACAUGGUUGGCUGACCGAGUAUAUAUUGUCAUACGAUAGAGCAAUGAUCUAUACUGUACCCUACGAAUUUCCUACAUUGCAAUUACCUUGUCCUAUGGAAAGAUAUCGUAAUACAGUAGUGAACGAAAGAAAUACAUUCAAUAAAGUAAUAGUAUUAAAAAUUGACUCUGAUAGAUUACGAAGAAGAACUUUCGAUGAAGAAAAUAUCCCCGUGUGGUUUCCAUAUCUAUGUAAUGUAAAACAUUUAGAGGUUUUACAUGAAUGUCAAUUACAUAACCCAUUAGUAAUGUUACAAAUACUGAAAGAAAUUCGACAAAUAUCAUCGUUGACUAUACCGGCGACAGUGCUCCAAAAAUGGUGGAACAAUAAUGAAUUAUGUCAAUAUUUAAACCAAAUGAUUCACAAGUUGUGUAUGAAGGGUACAUUACAGUUCUCGAGACCACUUGAUAUUAUGGAACAGUUCUGUAGAUUAUUUUCAAAUGUUCAACAUCUGACAUGUACAGUUGAUCGUAGUAGUUAUGUAUUAUUCAUCUCAACUCAUUUGCGAAAUUUAAUAUAUGCAAAUUUUACUUCAACCAGAGACGACAUUACACAUGAAUCUUUGCAAAACGACAUACUUCGACUAGGAAUGAAUGUCCAAUUUCAUGUUGAUCCCAUUACUUUGCCACGAAUCUCCAUUUUAGUUUAUAGAAAUGUAUGA